AUGCGCGCAAGCAGCCCCGCAGGCUCAAGCGCAAGUGCAUUGUAUUGGGUCAGUCACGUCAACAGGCGAAUAACUUUUAGAAUGAAUAACAGAGUGGAAUUGGAAGAGCUGAUGCCCAGCAAUGUGACCAUGUCGAGUGAAAUCAGUUUACAUGGGGUAACCAGCAACAGGUCUGUUCAGAGUGCGCAUCUGUCAACCAAAGCUUUUAUUAUUCCAGCAGCGAAUCUUCGAAAACCUCGGAGUUUCUCCAGAGAAAAUCAAGGCAUUUCCUUGCCAAUCAAAGCAGAACAGCCAGACAACACUGUGCCAGUGACUGCUACAAUUAGCCCUCAGAUCAGUGGAGUGCACAACUGUGAUGUGGUCAGUGUUUUGGAAUGGAAAGAUGGGAUUGCUACCUUACCUGGAAGCAACUUGAAGUUCCGACUGAAUGAAUUUGGAGUUCUGGAGGUUGUCAGCUCAGAAGGUAUUGUGACAGAAUCUGUGACGACGGCAUCUCCAGCAACACUGGUGGAAGCUGAGAGUGAUACUUGUAGUGAGGCUGGCUGGAAUACAACCACUCCUAAUGAGAUGAAACAGACAAAUGCAACUUACAUGAAUGAACAACCACACGUGGAAAGUGUCUGCUGCUGUACGAACUGUGGUCACUCUUACACAGUGAACGAAGUCAGAAGCGAUAGAAGGUUCUGCAGUGAGCAUUGCCGACACCAAUUUAAGGAGAACAGGUCACUCAGAAUGGGCAGUACAGCAGUGAAGAGGAGUGCUGGGGCAAUAUUAAAACGGGUCAAAAAGAGGAAAAGGAAAGUGUGUCUGAGUCCUAGUUCAGAAUCCAAUGAGGAAUAUGAUUAUGAAUUAACUGAGUUGGAGCACACGGAUGAGCAAAAGGAAGAUUCUGGAAAUGUCGGUGGACAUUUAUUGGAUGACAAUCAUCAUGUGGAAUUUAGACAAGGUCGACCCAGUGAACCCAGCUGCACUUUUCCUGGAGAGGCUGUAUCUGUUGUAGGAAAGAACAAAAUCUGGUCUUGGGCUUCAUACUUAGAAGAGGAAAAGGCUUUUGCUGCUCCUGUCAAACUCUUUCGAGAGUAUCAGUCCUUUCCACAGAAUAAGAAUGCUUUCAAAGUUGGCAUGAAAUUAGAGGGUAUUGAUCCGACACAUCCAUCUAUGUACUUUGCACUCACAGUAUUUGAGGUUUGUGGUUAUCGCUUGCGACUCCACUUCGACGGUUAUUCUGAGUGUCACGAUUUCUGGGUAAAUGCUGAUUCUCCAGAUAUCCACCCUGCAGGAUGGUGUGAGAAGACAGGCCAUCGAUUAUAUCUUCCUAGAGGGUAUAAAGAAGAAGAGUUCAACUGGCCAAAUUACUUAAGGAUAACAAAAUCUCAAGCUGCACCGAAGCAACUCUUCAUCAAUCAAAAUAUAAUGGUCACCCCUUUGGGAUUUCGUGUUGGAAUGAAACUGGAAGCAGUCGAUAGAAUGAAUCCAUCUCUGAUCUGUGUUGCCACAGUGACUGAUAUAGUUGAAAGCAGGUUUCUGGUGCAUUUCGAUAAUUGGGAUGACACGUAUGAUUACUGGUGUGAUGCCAGCAGCCCGUACAUCCAUCCUGUUGGUUGGUGCCAGCAACAUGGAAAACCAUUGACACCUCCACAAGGGUACCCUCACCCAGAGCAGUUCUCUUGGGAUAGGUAUUUGGAAGAAACUGGAUCUUCUGCUGCUCCUGCGCGUGCAUUUAAAACACGUCCUCCCCAUGGCUUCCAGGUAAACAUGAAAAUGGAAGCUGUUGAUAGACGAAAUCCGAUGCUGAUUCGUGUAGCCACGAUUAUUGAUGUUGAUGACCACAGGAUAAAGAUCUGUUUUGAUGGAUGUAGCCAUGCUUACAGUUACUGGGUAGACACUGAUGAUCCAGACAUCCAUCCUGCUGGGUGGUGUAAUAGAACAGGACAUAUUCUUCAUCAACCAGCUAAAUCAGCAGAUUCCUCAGCUGAUCCUGGACAAAAAAGAUGGCCGACUCCAGGGUGGAAGACUGUUAGUCAUGCAAAGAGUCCAAAGUAUACUACCCAUCAUCGGAAGUGCCCUACUCCGGGUUGCGAUGGGUCAGGACAUGUUACUGGAAAGUUCAUUGCUCAUCAUCGUUUAUCAGGCUGCCCACUGGCUGAAAAGAAUCAAGCAAAAAUGAAGUUAGAAUUGUCAAACGGUGAAGGAUCAUCUCGAAAAAGAAAUCUUUUGUCAUUUGGGCGAAGAAAGAAAUCAAGACAUCAUGGGAGAAUCGGCCGACCACCCAAGUAUCAGAAGCUUCAACAAGAGGAUUUGAAAGUCAGCUUUCAAACUCGCUCAUUGUCCCUGUGUUGGGAACAACAUUGCAAGCUCCUUCCAGGUGUAGCAGGGAUCAGUGCCAGCAAAGUAGCCAAAUGGACUAUCGAAGAGGUGGGAAACUUUGUUCAGAAACUUACUGGCUGUGAACAACAGGCCAAGCACUUCAAAGAGGAGUCAAUCGAUGGGGAAGCUUUUCUUCUGCUAACACAAGUAGAUAUAGUGAAGAUCAUGAGCAUUAAACUUGGCCCGGCAUUAAAAAUUUAUAAUUCUAUACUUAUGUUCAAAAAUGCAGAUGAUAUUCCUUUGAAUUUAAAUGAAACAUAAUCUUGUAAAAUUGCUUUGGAAACACAAUGGAUUCCAAUUAAUUGGAACACAUCAGGUCCAGUACAUUUUGGUCCAAUUAAGCAGCUGCCCCAUUUAGCCAAAGUUUCAGGGAAAUGGUUAAGAAGGAAUAAAAAAGGCAAACUGAGUAAUAAGUUAUGUCCUUAAAUAAAAUACAGAACACUACCAAUGCCCCAUUCAGUACCAUAAAACUGUGUAAUAGCUUCUAAUUGUUAUCAGUGAAGGAAUUUACCCAGUGUACGCUGCUGUGUAUGGGGAGUGUCCAGAGAGGUGAAGGGACUUGGCGUGUCCUUUCUGGGACAGCUCACUCAUCUUUGGUCAUCAUCAGACAUUCAGCUCUCACCCGUGGCUUUGAGUAGCUGUUUGCGUGAGACACUGGCUACACCCCAGUAUACUGUUUCUACAGGUGAGCUAAACAAGGUGAGGGUAGCCAGUGGGCCUCAUACCCUGGUAAUAUAGGGACAUGCCUGUCCUGGGAUGUGAAGUCUUCUCCAGCGAUGAAAUCAACAGUGAGAUCCAAAGGCCAAGAAGGCAGUUCUGCAGUGCUUUGUGGAGAGUAAAGGGCAUGAGAAGGUACAGUAGAAUUCACUGCAACUAAAGAAGGCUGCAGUUUGUGAUGACUACUGGACCUGGACUUCUGAGGUCGAGAGAGUGGAAUGGUUUUUGAACUUUAAAAACAGGUUUCACUGUCAUCGUCACAUACAAUGGACAUUCAACACGCUAUCAUGGUUCUUUUGAUCGAAUGUAAAUUAACAAAAUUAGCGCAGAAACCUAUUGCAGAUAAUGCACUGACUUCACACAAUGCUUUCAGCAAUCGCAUCCUCCAAAACUCAACUUUUGUUGUAACAUUCAAGAUGAUUAUUGAUCCACAGAUCCUAAUGCUGAAGUAGUGAAAUAAUUUUGUUUUCACUCUUUGGCAUUUCCGGCAUCUCCAAGCCUCAGUGCCUGAAACCGCAAAGAGCAAAACAAUUCUAAAUAGUCUUACUGCUUAUUUCCUGUCAACUAUCAGUGACAAAACUCACUACUUCUGAACAAAAACAGAUACAACUGACACUAUUCAAAACUGUUCCCUCUAAUUAAGCACAGUGCAGUCUCAAUGGCCACACAAGUUCACACGACUGAUGAUAGUCAGAAACAAUUUGGCACCAGUCUCCUGCCCAAUUAUGCAGCAUAGUGUCCAAAAUGAACAAAAGGAAUCCUAGCUAUUUUCUUGAUAUGUUUUUUUUAAGAUUUGUCUCAAAUAACCAGCUGCCCCAACUACCCACUGGACCAAUUAACUGAAAUCCACUGUACUUAACAUUGUGUUUAUUAAUUUAUUUUGGGUUUUUUUGCAUGGCAAAACUGUUGAAUGAAACAAGUUGUACUUGUCAUUUUGACAAUCAAUGCAAAGUUAAACAUACUGCUCGAUUAAUCUUAAAUUUGUAGAAUUAGUUUAUUCCCAUUUAUGAAACCCAUUGGACAGAUUUUGUGAGUUUACUGAUUUUACUGUAACAGUUCACAUUUUACAUGUAAUACAAAGACAUGCUUAUUAAUCUUUUAUAUAAAAUUUAUUGAAGUAUUACUGUACAGUUAAAUAUUGCAUUUUAAUUAUACUUGGUUGCAGCACUGUUUGGAUUUAUGGAAUAAAUUAUAGAGAAAUGUAGUUACAAGGGAAAAUACUAAAGAAAAUGUGAUGUAUUUUAUAAUUGAUAGCUAAACAAAGUCUUACAUUAAAAUCAGAUUGUAACUUUUCUGACUAUUUCUGAGUUUACAUUUGGGUUGAUUGAAACUAUUUUGCCAUUUUGAGA